GGAAAUCAGUGAGUCGUCUUCUCCAAGAAAACCCAUUUCCCCACAUUCUUGCAGAGAGAAGAGAGAGAGACCAACCAACAAUGGCCGCCGACCCAUCAAAGCUUCAGACCCAGAUCGACAUCAAGCCUCCACCGCUUCCAUUCCACGCUGAAUCAGCUCCCGAAACUCUUCAAGAACCCAAGCUCUCCUUCUUCGCCUCCCGCUACCGUCGCACUCGCCGCCGUCGAGCCGACACUUGGCUCAUAUCUCUCUUCGUGAUCCUACACAUCGUGGCCUUCACGGCGACCAUGGUCGUCAACGACUGCUGGCACAAGUCUGGUGGCGACUGCGCCUUCAAAGCCUUUGGCCGGCUGUCGUUUCAGCCGCUCUCUGAGAACCCGCUGCUCGGCCCUUCCGCUUCCACGCUUGAUGAAAUGGGAGCUCUUCGACGGACUUUUUUGACAGAGAAUCGCCAAACAUGGCGUCUUUUCACAUUUCCAUGUCUGCACGCCGGAGCCAUCCACCUUGUGAUCAACCUUUGCAGUGUCGUGUUUGUUGGAACUCAUUUGGAGCAAGAGUUUGGACCAUUAAUGGCAGGGUUAAUCUAUAUACUCUCUGCUUUUGUUGGUACGUUGGUGGCUGCACUCUUUGUUGAGAAACACCCGGCAGUUGGUGCUUCUGGAGCUCUAUAUGGGUUACUUGGAGCUACACUUGCCGCACUGAUUCAGAACUGGGAAAUGUACACCAAUAAGUUCACAGCUCUAGUAUCAGUUCUAUUUGUCUCCAUUGGGAAUUUUCUCCUCGGCUUGCUACCUUAUGUGGACAACUUUUCGAGCAUUGGAGGCUUUAUAUCAGGGUUCCUACUUGGAUCUGUGCUUUUAUCCAGUCCUAAGGUCAGAGAACCGGCUCAAGAGAAAGGAGGCCUCCUUGAUUAUGAUCUCAAAAGUUCUAUCAAGUUGAGGAUGAGGCUGAAGCUGGACAGACCAGUUUAUAGGAGUGUGGCUUUUGUUCUCUUUGGUGUUAUGCUUGCUGGAUGUCUUGUUGCAGUUCUGCAAGGCAUUGACCUGAACCAGUACUGCGGGUGGUGCCGGUAUGUUGAUUGUAUCCCUUUCAAAGGAUGGAGCUGCAGGGACAUGGAAACUUUUUGUGAGACCAUGGUGAGCAAUGAACAGCUGACUUUGACCUGUAUGAGCAAUGGGAACUUCAGGGUUCUUCCGUACACGAACGUCUCUCAAGAUCGGGUGAAUGACUUGUGCAGUGUGAUAUGCUCAUAGAAAUUGUCGGUCUUGGUGACUAUUGCAACAACAUGGAGAGAGAGACAAAUUCCUAGCAUCAAUACUGGGUUGAUAGCUGUCCAGUUGUAUCUUCGCAACAUUUUUUUUACCCUGUUUUUUCCAUUGUCUCCAUAUCCCUCUAAUUUUGGUAGUAUAGAAGAGAAAGGUCAAUGGCCUCUCACUUUUGCAGUGCAAAAUUUUCAGAAAAACAUCGGAGCGAAAUAACAUUUUGUAUAUGUUCUUGAGCUGAUAUAUGAUCAUUCAAAUCUUGUUGUGGAAAUUAAUGUGCGAUUUUGAAGGUUGUGUUACGACUCUAUAAAAUUACUCAAUGCAGAUGGAGAAUUUUGAA